CCGUACUUACAGACAAGUAUGGCGGUCUAAGGGUUGUGGUGACUGCUUUGGUGGCGUAAAUAAUCAUCGUGUGCCUUUUUAAAGCAUAUUGCCCUCGACAUUCGAGUUUAGCUGAAGGCUACAACUACAGUACGACUAAGAUCAUCAUGCCGUCUUCUUGUGACUCUCUGAUGGAAGACAUCGAGGACAUGGUGUCUUCUAGUGACCCCACUCCUCAUGAAAGACAGUCUGCUAGAAAAAGUAUCAUACCAAGGGCAAGGAAGAAGAAAGAGCUCCUGAAUGAGGAGCUUCAAGCUGACAGUUUGAUCCCUGGUACCCAAAAGAUCUGGAUGAAAACAUGGGGCUGCAGUCAUAACAACUCAGAUGGGGAGUACAUGGCUGGGCAGCUGGCUGCCAGCGGAUACAAGAUGACUGAUGACCCGACAGAAGCAGACGUGUGGUUGCUCAACAGCUGCACUGUGAAAAACCCUGCAGAGGAUCACUUCAGAAACUCAAUCAAAAAAGCCCAGGAACAGCAGAAAAAGGUGGUAGUAGCAGGAUGUGUUCCCCAGGCCCAGCCGAGGAUGGACUACCUCAAAGGUCUCAGCAUCAUUGGGGUCCAGCAGAUUGAUCGAGUGGUGGAAGUAGUGGACGAGGCUGUUAAAGGCCACUCAGUUCGUCUGUUGGGUCAGAAGAAAGAUGGAGGCCGAAGACUUGGAGGAGCUCGACUGGACCUCCCCAAGAUCAGGAAGAACCCUCUCAUUGAAAUCAUCUCAAUUAACACUGGGUGUCUGAAUGCGUGUACCUACUGCAAGACGAAGCAUGCAAGAGGAGACUUGGCCAGUUAUCCCAUAGAGGAGCUAGUGGAGAGAGCAAGGCAGUCUUUUCAGGAGGGAGUGUGCGAGAUCUGGUUGACCAGUGAGGACACCGGUGCUUACGGUAGAGACAUAGGGACAGACCUGCCCACGCUGCUGUGGAGACUGGUGGAGGAGAUUCCCGAAGGUGCCAUGCUAAGGCUGGGGAUGACGAAUCCACCAUAUAUCCUGGAACACCUAGAGGAGAUGGCCAAGAUUUUGAAUCAUCCACGCGUCUAUGCCUUCCUCCACGUUCCGGUGCAGUCAGCCUCUGAUAGCGUACUGAUGGAUAUGAAGAGAGAAUAUUGCAUUGACGACUUCAAACGAGUGGUAGACUUCCUUAAAGAAAGAGUCCCUGGUGUAACGAUUGCUACAGAUAUCAUCUGUGGUUUUCCCGGAGAGACCGAGGAAGACUUUCAAGCAACCAUAGACUUAGUGAAAGCCUAUCGAUUCCCCAGUCUUUUCAUCAACCAGUUUUACCCCCGACCCGGUACGCCUGCCGCCAGGUUGGAGCAAGUACCAGCACAUGUGAAGAAGCAAAGAACUAAAGAGCUGUCGCAGGUCUUCCACUCUUACAACCCUUAUGACCAUAAGGUAGGGGAGAGACAGCAUGUGUUGGUGACAGAGGAGUCAUUUGAUUCCCAAUACUAUGUGGCUCACAACAAGUACUACGAACAGGUGCUGGUACCUAAAAGGGUGGAGUUUAAAGGAAAGAUGAUUGUGGUGGACGUCUAUGAGGCAGGAAAACACUUCAUGAAAGGCAAACCAGUUGAGGAAAGUAAGCCGUUCACUCCUUCCAUUGCCAUGCCGCUUCAGAAAGGAGAGGUGUCUGGUCUGCUGCAGGAACAAAAGGUCAAUGGCGUCCAUGUUUCUGCUCCCACGCCUUCUCCGUGCACCUUCUCCAUUGGAUCUAAUAGUCUGGACAGAGAAAUGCUGAAGAAGAUUGGGAUCGGGCUCGCGCUGGCAGCAGUCAUCUUGGCUUAUAUUGUACAGAGAGUGUACUGAACAAUGACUGUUGUGUGCAGUCUUUUUUAUUGUAAUGUCAAUACCUUCUCUUGGCAGUCUAUCGGCAUGGUCAAACGGCUUCACCAAACACCUUUUAUACCAGUCUUUUUGGUACAAAUAAUUCACCAGAUUUAGGAGUUCAUUUAGAAUAUUUUUUUAAGUGCUGAUUACUUGUGACAGUGACAGUAGAGCCAUUUCUUGCUUAGGAAAAAGGUAAAAGUGUGUUUUGUUUAGUUCUUACUGAUGGCUACUGGUGCAGCUGUUACACAGAUAUUCAGUUGAUCAUACAUUCAGGGCUUUACCAUCAGUACGAGAGUCUGAUCUGUCACUCUGCAUCCUUUUAAAUUGGACCGUGAUUAAGCUUGGUUUAUUUCAUUUUGUGAAACUGAGUGAUGAUCUGUGUUAUACUUUGAUUAAAGUGUGUACAACUUCAUUUCACAGUAUUUAUUUUUGAAAGUGAGACAUGAACAUAUUUUCAGAAAAUGAAUGUCAUUUGUGUUGUUUUAAAAUGUUAACCUUAUGUUUCAUUGUUCAAGAAGUGCUUUGUGUUUAGAGUUUU